UCCAAGUUUGUAUAAAAACCACCGAGCCAGGUCCCGACCCAGAGGUGCAGCUGCUCCGCCACCCACUGCCCUGCAGCUGGCUCAGAAGCAUGGUGCCCGGAGUGCUCGCUGCCGUCUUCCUCUCUGCCCUCCUGGGCUCGCUCUCGGAAGGAGUCCCAGGGCCUGACGGUCUGUGGCUGUGCCAGCCAGCGCCCAUGUGCGGGGACCAGGCCUACAACCCCCUGGAGCAGUGCUGUGACGAUGACACCAUCCUGCCCCUGAACCAGACCCGCCUCUGUGGCCCCCACUGCCCCUACUGGCCCUGCUUCCAGCGCUGCUGCCUGGAGUCCGUGGGCUCGCACACUGACAAAGUGGUGAGGCUUAAGCUGCCCGGCGUGAAGUCCGACUGCAGGACGUCCCCCAUCUCCAGGAUCUGCGCCCAGGUGAGGGUCUGGGAUCCAGGCCCUGCUGGAGAGGGGAGGAGGGUAAGCAGCAAAGGUGCGGCUGAGACGUGGUGGGCUGGAGGACCCGCCUGGAGGACCGGGUCACCCCUACGGGCCCAGCAGAGGCCCUAAGGAAGGGACAGGUGGCCUUGCCUGUUGGACGAGAUGGAAAAAGUUCGUGAAAAACACCUGUUCUGAAAACA